CAGCCUCCAUUGCGCAUGUGUUAUGAAUCCCUCCCCCAUCCUGGGUACCAGUUGGGCUGCUUUCGGGAGCAGGCGGUUGAAGAGAUGAAGCAGCUUCCUCUGGAACACCCGACCCCUUAGAAAACACUGCUGACCAGAGCUGCCUUCCUCCCUGCUGCCUCAGCAGGGAUGGAGUGAAAGGGGACAUCUCGGCCUGCCCGCGGGGAUCAGCAAUGGAGUUAAAGCAAUCUCUGUCUGUCCAUCUGGAAGCCGAGAAGCCUCUGAGGCGCUAUGGGGCGGUGGAGGAGACAGCAUGGAAAGCGGAGGGACUGGGAAGCCAGCUGGACAUCAUCUCUAUGGCUGAGACCAGCAUGAUGCCAGAGGAGAUCGAGCUGGAGAUGGCGAAAAUCCAGCGUCUCCGUGAAGUCCUGGUCCGUCGAGAGUCAGAACUCAGGUUCAUGAUGGAUGACAUUCAGCUCUGCAAGGACAUCAUGGACCUCAAGCAGGAGCUGCAGAACUUGGUGGCCAUCCCAGAAAAGGAAAAGACCAAGCUGCAGAAGCAGAGAGAGGACGAGUUGAUCCAGAAGAUCCACAGGCUGGUGCAGAAGAGAGACUUCCUGGUGGACGACGCCGAGGUGGAGCGGCUAAGGGAACAGGAAGAAGACAAGGAAAUGGCUGACUUCCUGAGGAUCAAGUUAAAACCUCUCGACAAAGCAGCCAAACCUUCAGCCAGCUUCUCUGUUGCUGCAGGCUCCCGGGCAGAGAAGAAGGCAGACCCCCCACCUAGCAAGCCAACCGUGGCCAAGACAGGCCUGGCACUCAUCAAGGAUUGCUGCGGGGCCACCCAGUGCAACAUCAUGUAGCCCCUAUGUGGGGUGCCCCAGAGCCACGGGGACCGUCCCUCCUACCCUCUUGUCCUCAUAGCCCCCAUUCUACAGGGGUCUAAGGGGCUUCCAAGGCAGAAGGGGUUGAAGGCGUGCCCAUGACUGCUACCGCGGGCCAUGGGCGUGGCGGGUGGGCCCAGCCGCGGCUGUGCAGAGUGUAGCAACAGAGAGCCCCUCACUGUCGCAUGGCCCUCCCCAGAGCAUGCCCCACCCAGGAGUCUGUCUCGUUGUUUAUCUAACCACCAAGAGAGCCCCUCCCUUGAAACAGUAUGCCCUCACUAACCUACCAUGAGAAUGACCUGGGGAAGGGGCGUGGCCCCCAGGUGUGUAUAGCUGUGAGUUUCAAUGAUCUAACACCGUGUCGGACCGACCCACUCCCCAACCACCCUCCCAGCUCUGCUUCAGGUACGAGUCCUGUUCCCUGUUUGUCCUCUUCCAGGGGCUGUAGCCUGGAGGCUUCCACACAGCCCACGCAGCCCUUAGGCUCCUCUAUAAUCACUUUCCUAGAGAUGCUGGCCUGUCUGUGAAGGCUGAGCUUGUGCGCGGUGUUGGGUUUUAUGCCUCCUGCUCCCUCCCGUCCUGCAUCUGGGCAUAGCUGACAUCAGGCUCGUACCGCCAGGCUCCAGGACCCUUCUCGGUUUGGCGUGUCCACACUAGCGUGGAGCAGGGUAGGGACGGAUGGACAAGAACAGGUCCAGUGCUCGGUGCAGGCUGCAGAGAGCUGCAGGUGCCGAUGUCAAAGUCGGGUGGAUGAGAGAAGGAUCCAGAACAGAUGCCAACCCACAUUCUCUUCGCCCACUGAGGGCUGCUGCAGAGAAUGCCAGCGAGAGAGGUCACCCUGCUGUCCCAGCACACAUCUCUGUGAAGAGCAAUUGAUAGGCAGGAGAGGAAGCCCCGCCCAACUGUGUCCCGUCUGUCUGGUGGCGUGUGUGAACCAGCCCCACACUCCUCCUGUGUAACUUCAUGUACAUUUGCUAUGGCCAGCCCGGCACAGCCCAUGUGACCUCUCUGUGCAUAUGUGCGUGUUGUGAUUGGCCUACGUAGCUAGCACCAUAUGUGUGCAUAUGUGUGCAUAUGUGUGCGUGUUGUGAUUGGCCUACGUAGCUAGCACCAUAUGUGUGCAUAUAUGUGUGCAUAUGUGUGCGUGUUGUGAUUGGCCUACGUAGUUAGCACCAGUCAGGAUUUGCUGAUGUGCAAACUAUCCAUCAGAGAAAAUAAACAUGAAAAACACA